GCAUGAACUCCUUGAAGAAGCUCGUAGAAAAGGAUUACCUUUUGCCCAGUGGGAUGGACCCACUGUGGUUGCUUGGCUGGAGCUCUGGUUGGGAAUGCCUGCGUGGUACGUGGCAGCAUGCAGAGCCAAUGUGAAAAGUGGUGCCAUCAUGUCGGCUUUGUCGGACACUGAAAUCCAAAGAGAGAUUGGAAUCAGCAACCCGCUGCAUCGCUUGAAGCUCAGACUGGCCAUCCAGGAGAUGGUUUCCCUCACAAGUCCUUCAGCUCCUCCAACAUCGCGCACUCCUUCAGGCAAUGUCUGGGUGACCCAUGAAGAAAUGGAAAAUCUUGCAGCUCCAGCAAAAACGUGUCCGGUCUUUCUGCAGACCCUGGCUUAUGGAGAUAUGAACCACGAGUGGAUUGGAAAUGAAUGGCUUCCCAGCCUCGGCCUGCCUCAGUACAGAAGUUACUUUAUGGAAUGCUUGGUUGACGCACGAAUGUUAGACCACCUUACCAAGAAAGAUCUUCGUGUCCAUUUAAAAAUGGUGGAUAGUUUCCAUCGAACAAGUUUACAAUAUGGAAUUAUGUGCUUGAAAAGAUUGAAUUAUGAUAGAAAAGAACUAGAGAGAAGACGAGAAGCAAGCCAACAUGAAAUAAAAGAUGUCUUAGUGUGGAGCAAUGACCGAGUUAUUCGCUGGAUACAAGCAAUUGGACUUCGAGAAUAUGCAAAUAACAUUCUUGAGAGCGGUGUUCAUGGCUCACUUAUAGCCCUCGAUGAGAACUUUGACUACAGCAGCUUGGCUUUAUUGUUGCAGAUUCCAACACAGAACACCCAGGCAAGGCAGAUUCUUGAACGCGAAUACAAUAACCUUUUGGCCCUGGGAACUGAGCGACGACUGGACGAAAAUGAUGACAAGAAUUUCCGACGUGGAUCCACCUGGCGAAGGCAGUUCCCUCCUCGAGAAGUCCAUGGAAUCAGCAUGAUGCCAGGGUCUUCAGAGACAUUACCAGCUGGAUUCAGGUUAACCACAACAUCUGGGCAAUCAAGAAAAAUGACGACGGAUGUUGCUUCUUCAAGACUGCAGAGGUUAGACAACUCCACUGUUCGCACAUACUCAUGUUGACAAGCCACUCAAAGGAGGCAGCACUGACCUGCUAUGUCAUCUUUUCAGUCUACACGACCUAACGUGCACUACUGCCUAAGAAGACAAAUGGAGAAACUCUUUAUGAAGACUGAAUUCUAAGGAAAUACUAUAAGUAAUGGUUUACCAAAUGUUAAACGCGUGAUUUUGGGGGGAGUCGGAUAAUAAGUUUGAUUAGUUUACUAUGAUUGUAAUAAAAUGCUUAAAUCAUCUGAAAUAUGAACAUCAUCCACAUCAUAAACUGUACAUCUGAUGCUUUUAUGAGAUGGAACUACUUGUUUUUUCAUGUUGUAAUAUAAUAGGCAUUUAUGUAUUACUGUGUAUCAUUUCUUUUUAAAUGUGUAAGUCUUCUGUAAAUGGAUAUAAAUAUGAUUUUUUUAAAAAAUAAAAUAUAUGGUUCAUGGAGUCUCGAGUACAAACAUUGAACAAUUCCAAGUCCUGUUUGUAUUUUACCAUUCCACCAUUUUUACGGUUUCUGAAUUGUAACAGUCAAUCAGUAUGUUUCCUAGAAGCAUGUUUCAUGCUUCAACAUGCUUCUCCUUCAAGUCUGUCAAACCUUAAAGCUGAACACCUGCCUCUGAUCAUGUAACAAAACAUUUAAACCAGUAGAAUGACUUAACCUUGACCUGGAUCCAAAAACAACCUUUAAAGGCAAUCAGGGAUGUGAUGCCCUCUCUUUGUAGAAAAAGCACUGUGAUGGCUCAAUCUACUUUUCAACAGAAAACAAAGCCAAACUCUGUUUACAAGCAUCAAAUGCAAUGAUUUUAAGAAUUUAUAUUAAGAAAACCAUUGUCUAAUCUUGUUGCCUGUGGACCAAGAAACACAUACACAGACACACCACACACACACACACACACACACACACACACAUUAUUAAGAACCACAUGUUCAUUCAAAUACCCUGAACUGCCAGCCAGCACUGGAUAGUGAGUGUCAACCACUGUAGAGUCUCUCUCGCCCAUCUCCACUAGGGAAAAAAUACAAAACCCCUUAGCACCCCCCUCCUUUUUAAAAAUCACUCUUAACAGGGCAUUAGCCAGAGUCAAAUCUAUGCCUUUAGCUGAAAUGACUUUUUUGUGACCUCCUUGAAUUCAUUCUCAUCAGAGGAAAUAAGACAGAAUGAUGAACAUAUAUAGUGUAUAAAAGUAGAGAAGAGUCAUCUCUUUCUUGUGGCUUUAAUUGGUGGUGUCACUGUUGCUUAUUUCUUGUUUAUAUGGGAGAUUUCAAAGUGAAACCUAUUUAAUAAUACCAUUGAUCUAACUGCUGUUUUCCUGCUGCUUGGUCUUAUUAAAUGCAAGACCUGUCAUUAGUAAUUUUUUUGUAUUUUAAUUUGUUAUAUUUGCACGUACAUUUGUUUUGAUGUCUAUUUUUGUUUAACAGAUUCAAUCAAAAGGUAAUGGUAACAGAAACCCACUCCAUUGUCAAUAAAAAAAUGCUUCCAGUU